AUGAUUAGAAAUAAUAAAGAUAUAAAAAUAAUUACGAUUAGUCAGUUAGCAGUUUGGUAUUUGGUUGAAAACAACAUGUUGUCAAGAUACAAUUCGAGUAGUUGUUGUAACAGUGGUAUAUUAUGUAGUUUAUUAUUACAACAGGAGUUGCAAUUGUUUCAACAACAUAAAAGGUUACAUCAACAACAGCAACAACAGUUGAGUUUUAGUAGUGGUAAUAAGAAUAAAAAGAAUGUUGUUGCUGCUGGAAGCGAUGAAAAAGAGUUGAAUCAAGCUUUGAAGGAACAUCAUGACUAUAAAGAGUUUAGAUAUACACUCAAGAAAUCCAAACAAUUCAAUAUCAAUCGAAGUGUAAAAGAGCAAAUGGGAUUACAAGACAAUCAGACGCUAUCAAAAGAUGAAUUACAUGAGAAAUUUCUACAACGUUUAAAUAAAAAACAUCCAAAAGAAUCAUCACAUCAACAUCAACAACAACAACAACAACAACAACAACAACAAAAACAAGAAUUACAAUUACAACCUAAUCAACAACAAAAACAAGAACAACAACAAAUGCUAUUACAACAACAAAUAUCACAACAACCGGAAUUGGUUGAAUCGAGAUCGACCGACGUCAUCGACCGCCGACUACCGCGAGUCUGGCCAACUCAUUCGCAACUCGAUCAUCAGUACGAUGACACUGCAGGUGCCCUACGAACACCAGAUAAUAGCACUCUAGAUAGUAUUUUAAGUUUGAUACAAAAUAGUCUUAGACAGUUACAUAAGAGAACUUUGAAUGUUUUGGCGUUGAGUAGUGAGAGUACGGGUGUUUCAAUCAAUAGACUCAGUCAGAACCAAUCGCUAUUCUUUAAAGCUUUGACACAUCCCAAUUCGGUAGAGUCGAUCGCGAUGAAUAUCUUUAUAAAGAAGAAUCUGGAACAAGAGAUAUUCAAGGUGUUGGAAGAAGCAAUGACAGAGCAAUUCAAAGUGAAAACAACAGCAACAACAACAACAGAACAACAACAUUCUAAAGAUAAAGAGAGAGAUAAAGAUAGUAAUAGUAGUACAGCAAUGAAAGAUAAAGAAACAUCACAUAUAAAGAGAUACAAUGAAACCGACUAUCUCAAGCGUUUUGAAGAUCUAACUGGAUUCCUUUCACAUCCCGUUCCGAUAAAGAUAGCAAGCGCCGUACAUCCAAUCGAUUACUCUCACUACGGACAGGAAUGGCUGCAAUUGAUUCGCUCGCCAGGCAUCACAAACGAGUCGCAUCUCUUUGACCAUCUACAUCACCAAACCAGUGGAUUGAAAUCAAGUUAUCAACUCUGGCCAGAAUCAACAACAGAAAUACUAUCAUCAUCAACAAUAAAGAAAGGAAGUGGUACUGGUAAUAGUAGUAAUAGUAGUAGUAGUAGUAAUAGUAAUAAUAGUACAAGUAGUAAUAGUAAUAAUAAUAUUAGACAAACAGAAUUUGAAAGAUGGAAUGCAAAUUAUAGAAAGGUAGUAUCACGACUCAUAAAGAGUAAGUGGUAUAAGCAGGUACCACGUAUCGUCUCACAGGGUGUCAAUCGUUUCUUUAGCAUGGGAGUGGCACCCAACUGUGCAAACUAUAUAGAACGAUACUUUAUCAACGAACACUCUCAGCAGAUCUCAAACAACAUCGAUACCAGCAUCUUUAUGCAUCAGAUCUACAAAGAGCAGACACCAUCCAUCACCUACGAAGAGUUUAGAGUUGUACUCAAAGACAUCCUACCAAACAACAAAGAUCAAAAGAAAUUAAUACCAUUAUCAAAUGAAUGGACAAAUAUAUAUUUAAGAGCAGUUUCGAUUAGAAUUGCUAAUGAUAUAUAUAGGUGUGCAUUACAUAAUCUUAUAAUACCAAAUAUAGUUCAAACAAAUCAUUCGAUGUUAAAAUUCUCGAGUGAGUCGAUUCGUUCACAGUUGGUUGCGUUGGAGAACAUUGUCAUUCCAAAGGAAGACGCAGUAGAGAACAUCAAAGAGAUAUGUGGAUUCGAUCAAUUAAAAUCAGAUUCAUUAUUACCAAAGAUAUCAGAUGCAAUCUCAAAAUCCGAUAACAACAGCAAUCAAAAAUAA